AUAUAUUUGUGGUCCAAAAGCGUUUCAGGUCAGUGGUGGACCAGCUGCUGCAAUGAAUUGAAAAACAAAACUCCCAGAAUACAGCAAAGUUCAACAAAAUGGCCAUACUGGUGUCUUGCUUUCCUGUCCCAAAGCCUCAGCUGUGCUAUUGCUGGUGUCUUUUGAAACUCUGAAUCCUGGUGCUGCUGGGGCAACUGCAGGCACUUUAAAGAUGUGGGUGAGCACAGAGGAGGGGCAGGAGAACGACAGGCUCAGGACAUGGUCCCUCAUGCAGGUUCAGUGGCAAAUAUGAACAUUUGUCAACAACUCCUUGGGACAUCAUGAGCUUGCUGGAAUCUGGAUCACAGAGCACUUGCAAUAGCGCUUUGUAAAUCUGAAUUUCAUUUAAAUGAAAGAAAAAUAGUCCUCUGGAUCAAUUGUAGCAAUGGCUAGCAAAAGGAAAUCCACAACUCCCUGCAUGAUACCAGUAAAAACACUGGUGCUUCAGGAGACCGAACAGGAUGCUGGAGAAGAUGAUCGUGAAGGAACACAAGCAGAGGCUCCUGCAGAAGGACCAGCAGCGAGUGAUGCUGGGGCCAGCACCAGUAACAAUGGAGCUUUGUCCAACGGGCACCGCGGCAUUGCCGACGGUGACACUUAUAUCUGCAAGCCUUGUGACUUUGGAUCUCAAGACCUUCACCAGUUCUUCGGGCACUUGGACUCUGAGCACUCAGACUUUAGCAAAGACCCCGCGUUCGCCUGUGUCGGGUGCAGCUUCCUGGCCAACAGCCACGAAGGGCUCUCGCACCACAACGCCGAGUCGCACGCCGGCGAGACCAGCUUUGUCUGGAGGCUGGUGAAGCAGGACAGUCGUACAACUGUGGAGCAAAGUCUCUGUGAGGCCACCAGCAGCCAUGAGCUGCAGGGAGAGGUCCCUGAGGAAGGGGCGGAUGGCCAGUCUGAAAUUAUCAUUACCAAAACCCCUAUCAUGAAGAUAAUGAAGGGUAAACCCGAGGCCAAAAAAAUUCACACACUGAAGGAGAACGUGUCGAGUCAGUUGGGCGGUGAGUCAGAGGUGAAGGAUGGAGAACAUUCAUUCCCAAAUGGGUCUGUGCCAGUCAGCCAGCCCACUGCAAGUUCAACAAAGUCAUCCCACAUAGUGAAUGGCUCCAUCAUAGGAAAUGUGCCUGUUCUGCAGGCGGGUGUUGCACAACUUGUGUCGCUGCAGCAGCAGCCGCCCCCAUUGCAUCAGCAGCUCCCUACAUCCAAGUCUCUUCCCAAGGUGAUGAUCCCACUGAGCAGCAUUCCCACAUACAAUGCUGCCAUGGACUCCAACAGCUUCCUGAAAAACUCUUUCAACAAGUUCCCCUACCCCACCAAAGCUGAGCUCUGCUACUUGACCGUGGUGACCAAGUACCCAGAAGAGCAGCUGAAGAUCUGGUUCACUGCCCAGAGGCUGAAGCAGGGCAUCAGCUGGUCACCAGAGGAGAUUGAAGAUGCCAGGAAGAAGAUGUUCAACACUGUUAUUCAGUCUGUGCCACAACCCACCAUUACAGUGUUGAACACGCCCCUGGUUGCAAAUCCUGGGACUGUUCCCCAUCUUAUCCAGGCAACUUUACCAGGCCAUGUGGUGGGGCAGCCAGAGGGGACAGGGGGGCUGCUGGUCACGCAGCCCAUCAUGGCAAACGGGCUGAAGGGCACCAGCUCCUCCUUCACCUUGGCAGUGACUUCUGUCCCCAAGCCGCAGCCGGCGGCGCAGCACAGCACCGUGAGCUCCAGCAACACAUCAGGGGUCAAGGUGGUCAACAGCGCCCAGUCCCUGCUCACCGCCUGCCCUGCCAUCUCCUCACAGACCUUCCUGGAUCCCAACGUCUACAAAAACAAGAAGUCCCACGAGCAGCUCUCAGCCCUCAAAGGCAGCUUCUGCAGAAACCAGUUCCCUGGCCAGGCUGAAGUCGAGCGGCUGACAAAGAUCACGGGCUUGUCCACCAAGGAGAUCCGAAAAUGGUUCAGCGACAGGAGGUACCACUACAGGAACGUGAGAGGCGGCCGGGCCAUCUUCCCUGGAGACAGUGCUCUUGAUUCCCUGCCCGAAAUCACCUUUGACGUCCCACCCAGAGGAGCCGAGCUGGGUCCCGCGGCGGCGGCGGCCACGCCGGCUCCUCACCACCCACCACGGCGGCAGUCGUGGCACCAGGCACCCGACUUCACCCCAACCAAGUACAAGGAGCGAGCGCCCGAGCAGCUGAAGGCCCUGGAGAGCAGUUUUGCCCAAAAUCCCCUUCCAGCGGAGGAAGAGGUGAACCGCCUGAGGGGGGAAACGAAGAUGACACGGAGGGAGAUCGACAGCUGGUUCUCGGAGAGGAGGAAGAAGAAGGUGACGGAGGAGAAUAAGAAACUGGAGGAGGUGGCUCAACAGGAGGAGGAAGAGGCAGAGAAUGGCGGCGGGGAAGGGGAAGACUCCUCGGAUGAGCAGAGGGCCACGAGUGAAAACGGCUCAGUGGAUGCCUCCGGCAGCAACCCCAACUCGGCGGAGAGGAAGAAACAGACUGAACUCAAACCACCAGCCCCGGAGGAUCCGCUCUUACCCUUGAGAAGAAAUUUGUGAUUUUUAAGAAACCCAUGGGCCGGCCUGAUGCAAGCCUGAGGCGCAGGACGUAGUGAUGAAGCACUGCCAUCCAUGAGACCUUUGAGCACAGCACACGAGACAGCACAGGCACAAACUGGGUGCUCGGUGCUGAGCUCUCGGUGGCCCAGCUGAGGAGACAGCUGGGAGCUCGCACCCAGGAAAUAGGAUGCUCCUGUUUGCUUUCCAGUGACAGACUUUCAGAUUUCAUAUUCAUAUACCGAUGCCUACAGCUGCCUAUACAAGCAUAACAAAUCUCAGACAUUGUGUAAACAAAGUCAUUGUUUAGAUAUGGACUAUCAUGGCAUAGUAGUUGUUUCUUUUUCCUUCUUUUUUUUUUCAUCUGUCUGUUAAGGUGUUUGUUCUCUAAAGGUUGGCAUGGCUGCAUAUAUCCUCUCUGCCUUUUCUGGUCCUUAAGCCCUGGCAGUGAAGGGCUUUGUGGGCACACAAGUGUGAGUGUAUUAUGAAAGGGAAGGGAUUUGAGAAGAAAAGUGCCAGUCUUGAAUUUGAGUGAGAUUCUCAUCCCUCCAGAUGAGGUUAGUGUGAGCACUGCAUACUCUCUGAUAAGCAGCAGGUUCCCAGGCCUGGGCAGUCCAGGAGAUGGAGUUUGGUACCAUUUGUCCCUUGCUGACUAGAACACUUUCCCCUGUGCUCCUGGAGACUGACUGUAACAGCCUGUUAAAUCUCCAAGUCUCUCUUUAAUCUCAGAACUAGCACAUAAUAAUUUUUGCAUCCUGACCUGGAAUCCUUUUCAUUGUUUGGAGAGAACAGUCUGUUCUUCAGAGAACAAAUGCAGAGUCACAGUGUGGCUGUGAGUGGUUCAAGUCAUUGUUGUCUCCAAGGCAGCGGCUCUGCUGCCAUUGGGAAGUUUCCUUCUUGCAUGGCAGAUGCUCCUACAGCACUGCUGGUGAUUUCAAGUGUUUGAUCCAGUCCUUUUUGUUAUUCUUUUCUUAUUUUUUCCCCUUUUUUUUUUCCCCAGGCCAUGUGCAAUAGUUCUGGCAAAAGAGCAAAAUAAAUUUCCCAGUUAUCCUGCCUGAUACCUGUCCAUUUUUAAUGCGUGUUGUCUUGGGUGGUUGCUGUGCGAUGCAACUGCUUGAACAUUUUUGCUUUAAAUAUUCUUUUCUAAUAGGAAUCAAAGUCUAGAAGGGAAACUCUAGAGCUGAAUAGUCCAGCUAAAUGCUGUGUCAGAUGAUUCUGUCACAAACUAAUCAAAUCCCAGCUCCAAAUUGGUUCCAUGUUUUGCCUUCACUUUUGCUCUUCCAAGGCUAUUCCAGAAAUUGACUGCCUUUGAGUGGUUAGAAACUGUAUUUAAAUUUCUAGUUUGAAUUAAUUCAUGGCUGGUUCAUUCCUGGUUUGUUUUGGAGCCAACAUUGUCCUUUAACUUAAAUAGUUUUUGGUGUUUAUCUGCUGAUGUAUUUAUGGAGAGUAGUCACAGCUCCUUAUUUUUUGCCAAGCCAAGUCAGCCAAACUUUUUCAGUAGAAGGUUUUUAUUUAGUGAGAGCUUUUUAAUGUGGGAGACUUUAUUGUUAGUGGUAAAUGAUAUUUAUUAGGAGGGUGGGUAGCAAACCCCAAAGGAUCGGAUCCAGAGAUUUACAAAAAUCUGGUUUAAAACCAAAAAAGCUCUUUCAGAACCUCUUCCAAAGAUGGUGUCUGAUUUCUACCUUUAAUUGUGCUUGCUUUUGCAAUUCUUUCUUUGCCUUCUCUUCAAGAGGCCGCCUUGCUCAGCUGCUGGAAGGGGCUGUGGCUGCUCAGUGCUUUGGCAGAGGCUUCCCCUCACCUGGUGGGAUGUGCUGAAUGCCUGUUCCUGAGGUCACAGGGUUCCCUGGCACACGCUGUGAGACCGUGGCCAGGUGUGACCAUGUGCUCCAGAUGGAGGUGACCACACCCACAGAGAGUGAGGUGACGCCUUGGAUGGGGCCACUGUGUAUCCCACAGCCAAACCAACUGUCCCACCACACUGUGAGCAGGGGUGGCACUGACCUGGAGCAGCCUGUGUGGCACCAGGCUCCCUAAAUUUGCCCUGUGGAAGCACUGCUGAUGGUCAUGACACAGUUGGAGGCAUGACCAGCAGCCAUCCCACCUUGGCUGGUGAAGGCUCAGCCAGUGGCAUCCCCAUGGCUCUCUUUGGGGACCAGGGACAGCUGCCCUGUGGUGACAGCCCCAGGGCAAUCCUGUGCACCCCAAAAUAUCAGAGAGGGUGGGAGAAUCUGGGUGUUGUAUUAUUUAGAGCUGAAAGCAGAUCUGGGAGUCGUGCAGCCUGAGAAUAUGGAUGUAUGUACAGUGUCACCUUCAGAGAACAAAUACAGGUAGGUCAAUUUACUCUGUAGUGUCUAUGUACAUGCAGGUUUAUUUAACUACACAUAUAUACAGUUCAAAUAUGCCAUUGAUUCUUUAUUGCAUUAAGAUGUACAUUAAAAAUGUACACUUUUACUAACUACUUGCUAUAUAAAUACGUUGGAAGUGUAGUUUGCCCAUUCAAGGUGAUUUUCUGUGCGAUUUUUGGUGUACACUUAAGGGCCUAUGGCUGAUUGGAAGAGUGAUCCCCACUCCAUCUACAGGAAUGCUUAAGGACUAUGGUAUGAACUGGUCCCUUCAAAUCAUGUUUUGAUGCACUAGCUGAAAUAUUUUUCACUUGGAUUGUGUUCAGCCAGUUUUCCAGAAAAAUUGAAAAGAAGUCUUGUGAGCUAGAGGGAGAAUUUCCCGGUGUACACAGAAAAACCAGCCUUGAGGGUUGGAAGCUGCUGAGGUUUUUGAGCUUUGUUUCCAUGCAUUCAUACAAGCACAGCAGGAGUUUUCUUUCUUUUGGGUCGGAGGAAUUUUAAAAAGUGGUUCCAUGCAGACUCCCCUCGGACAUGGCAACGGGGCUGGCAAACGCCUUUGCGUGGGGAGGGUAAGAUUUAGAGACAAAAAAGAAAUCAAAAAAUGAUCGAGUUCCCUUUCUAACUCCUACAUUCCUUGUUAUCUGCAUUUUUUAGUUGACUUGAAAUCUCCAUAAAAGUAUAAGCUGAAGAUUUUUGAGGGUUUAGCUCUGUGGUCUUCUGUUCCUCUGCUGAGGAGGAGAAACAGGUGCCAUCUCCGAAGAGACUCUGGUUUUGGUGCAGGACAUUGGAAAAGUGUUUGCAUCCAAAACUGAAAAGAAAAAUCGAGAGGUGGCUUUACAGUCCCAACAGCAGCUCUUGUGGUGUUGAGAGGCUUAAGUGUCACCACAAUUCUUCACAGUGUGUGAAUAUUUAUCAUCAUCUAAUCAAAGAUGACUAUUUUGACUUGAAAGGGGUGUAAGAUCAAGGUGAUGUAGCCAGCAUCAGUAAGGAAGGGAAAUUAAAUUCUCCACCUCCAUCCACUAUGCCUUAGCUUGGGCUUGGCAGGCACAGCAGAAACCAUCAAUUUUAAUCCAUGUGAAUCUUGUUACUUAUGUCUCCGAGGCUUGCUUAGAUUAAGGGCACAAUCCAAUUGCUUAAUAACCCGAAACCCUGAUUUGUGCUGGCCUGGCUUGCUCGUGGAAAGGGCUGCUGGUUCUCCUGGUGCAGGGAACUGAGUUUCUUUAUUCACUGAUGUCAGCAGCCCCUGCCAUGAGAUUUCUAGACAUUGUUCCACGUUUCAUUUGGGUACCUUAUUUUUCAGCUCUGUAGUUAGCAUCCUUGGAAUUUUGUGGGUUUUUUUGUAUUUAGCAGAACACUAAACAAACUGUGGUCUACAGGCUAUUUCCACUUGCCUGAGAGCUGAGUGAUGCUGCACAUCAGGCCUGCAGCGUGGUGAGAAGAUGGGCACAGGUGCUUGAAGGUACUUAGUGUGACUUCAUGUCCCCUCUCUGAGUUGGUCACCAGAAGCCACCAGCAAAAGCAGUAGCUGCUGGCAGAGAAACACUGUAGUCCUUCACUUGGAUGGAGGAUGCUCACAAGGGAGCUGGAAGAUACCUGCUGGGUUAUUUUUUGUUACAUGUACCCUGACAGUUCAACAGAAGGAAGCUGGUAGAAAUAGGCUGGUUUUUCAUUUAGGGUUUUGGGUAUUGUAUUUUAAUUGGAAAGCAACACAUUUUGGUUACCUGCAGAAGUGUUGUGUUAUUUUACCUGUAGCCCCUCUCUUGCAGAUGUAACAGAGGCAACCUGAUCAGAAGCUGGCUCAUUGGGAAUCAGAAGAAAAAGAUUAUUUUCAGCACUUGGGCUCAAAGUGAAUGUGAUGCUGCACAUUCUCAUCAGGGUGACAGAAUUUAACAUGCUUGUAAACUUCUUUCCCCUGUUGCCCAGAUAAUUUUGGUUUUGUUCUCUUCAAAUCAAUGUCUUGAUGUGAUUCAGCUGACCUGUAAACCUCUGGUGUCACUUUUCAGCUGAUCCCAAAACCAGCAGUGUAAGAUUAGGCAACACAACACAUGGAGGGAAACAAGGCACUUGCAGGCUAUCCCUGUUCUUUUUAUUGGGAAAUUUAGUUUAUGCUGUGUGCUUUACUGGCAGUGGUGUGUGCCAGGAAUGUUGGAUUGGCAUCACAAAACUUUAAAGCAGAGCAAGGGAGCUCUGUUAUGUAAGCAGUGAAUUUUUUGGAAUUUUUUUCUUUAAAUUUUGGGUUUUCUUGUUACGGCCCAAGUGUUCUGUUGGCUGAUGUUUGACACAUUCUGGUGGCACAACUAAAGCCCAUUUUUCCCUGUCCUGAUGGGAGGUGGUGUUAGGAGGAUUCUUGCUUACUGGUGCUAGUGAAGGUUGGGCUAGGAAUCCAUGGCAUAGAAAAUUUCUAGCUAAAAUUGCACUUUCUCUCUGCCCCAUCUGGCUCGUGGUGGUGUUAUGGGUACGUGGCAGUGAUUCCCCUUGCACAUACUAACAUUGCACUAAAAGAGAGACUUUGGGAACAGCGUGUUGAUCACUUUGUUUCUAAGCAGACCACAAAGUCAGCCUAACGGGGUCUCUUUUUUUUUUUCUUUUUUUUUUUUUUAAUUAUUGUUAUUUAGAAAUCAUGCUGGUGCUGAAUGACCUGGAAUUUUUGCUUGGAUUUAUCCAAAGGAAAAUGUAAUUGUAGCUGCAACGGGACCUUUCAUAAGGGUGGCCGGUGCAGUGAGGGAGCAGGGUGAGAGCUCUGCUGUGUAAAGCUGUCUUUGUACCGGGGAGGUUUCGGGGGUUCCAGGGGGUUGUUACUUUGGUUUUUGUUUUUGUUUUUUUUUUAAGACCACAAUUUUAAAUGGUCACCUUGGCAAUCGUGUGAAACAGGAAAUAGUUUUUACUUAUGGUAAAGGUUUUAAAGAGGAAACAAAAAAAGAAGCUGCCUGUGAUUGUGGGCUGUAGCUAUUAUUAGGGCUAGGGUAGCUUGUAUGUGCUAUGGACUUUACCUGCUCUUAUUCUGAGGGCAAGAACUCCCUGUAGCAACAAUGCCACUUCUGAGAAGUGAACGGCAAGAUUCCCUUCCUUUUGUAUAUGUGGAUGUGAGGGUGGGCGAGGGGAAGAGCUUGCUUGUACAGUUUGUUGAAAUGAAACCAGACAUUUUUGGUUGUUCCUAAAUAAAGAGUGUAAAAGACAAA